AUGGGCGUUGGUGACACAAUUAAAGAAGACAAUGAGGCAUCAUUGCAAGAUAAAGCAAAGGUCAUAAUUUUUCUCCGGCGCCAUAUUAGUGAGGAACUGAAAACUGAAUACCUCACUGAAAGAGAUCCACUUUGUUUGUGGAAUAAUUUGAAAGAAAUAUAUGAUCAUCAAAAAACAGUCAUCCUCCCAAAGGCCAGGGCUGAUUGGCUGCAACUGAGGUUGCAAGAUUUUAAAAUUCUGACUGAAUAUAACUCUGCUCUAUUCAAAAUCAGCUCUACAUUAAAAUUAUGUGAGCAAAAUAAUAAGCUUUUGUUGAGAAACCACCAGUCUCGUCUAACUGGAUCGACACCGAUCCCUGAAACAUAUGUUGCCUCAUCCCGUGGUUGUAGACACGGACGUGGACGUGGUCGUGGUGGUAGAAAUGAAUAUAGUCGUGCUAAAAAUAACUACCACAAUAAUGAAUAUGGUCGUGGUAGAAAUCAUUCUUAUUAUCAUGAAGGAUAUCAAUUCUCACAUUUUCGCAAUCAGAGAUCCACACUAUAUCCUCAAAGGAAAGAUUAUAAUGAAAUGAGACAAGUAAAAGGGAAUGAUGUGGCUCAACCUUUCAAGGCUCAUGAUAAUACUUGUUAUCGGUGUGGCAUGACAGGGCAUUGGCAAAGUAUUUGUCGUACACCAAAGCAUCUGGCUGAUCUUUACCAAGCCUUAAUGAAAGAAAAGGGAAAACAAAAUGAAAUGAAUUUCCUUGAUCAUGAUGAGUCAGUUGACACCAUAAAUCUGGAAAUGAAUUUCAUUAAUCAUGAUGAGCCAGUUAACAUCACCAAUCUGGAUGUAUUAGAUUUUUUUGAUGAUCGUGAUGGAAGGAUAGACUUCCUUAUUGGUGAUGGAAAUGUCCACACCAGUUAA